CCGGUGAUUUGGUGUGUGUUUCGGUAGUCGCGCUAUAUUUCGUGUGUUUAUGUGCUCAAAACAAAUAAGUGUUAAUGAAAGUUAAAUAAGACGACAUUAAAUUAUGUGUUAAGUGUCGAAUACGUUUCUCGGAAGUGGCAUACUAAGGUUCCAAAAUGGGGUCCAAGUUCCUCUUGCGCUUCAUCCUUGGAGUGGUCCUUCCAGUGAUGGCUGAGAUCGAAAUGGAGUUCACCAAGUCUCCCGAAUCCGUGACUGCACCGGUUGGUGAUACCGUCACGUUCGAGUGUGCAGUCAAGGUGCCGGGCGAGCGACUGGCCUGGCGGUGGAGGCCAGUCGGUGGACACCAGUGGAACGACUGGAAGGACAUCGCUGGCGCCAACGACAAAGACAGCGUGUCCACAAGACUGAUGGUGGAGAUCAAAGAGGAUAAACCUACUGCGCUGUACCAGUGCGUAGUCUGGUACGGCGCGAUAAGCUUGGUGUCCAUACCGGCCAAGCUGUCCAUAGCCAAGCUGGAUCUAAGUCGGAAUGUCCCAGAGAAGAGAGUCAUCACGGCACCACUAAAUAACAAUGUGGUGUUGCACUGUAAGGAACCACUUUCGGAACCACCGGCAGUUUUAAGCUGGUGGAAAGAAGAGAAGGGGUCCCGCAAACCCCUGAACACGCCACACGGAGUGCUGGUCAUCAACAACGCGACAGUGGACAACAGCGGGACAUACGGUUGUUCAGCCACCAACGAGCUGAGUGGACAGACCGAAGAUUUACCUGAGAGGAUCUUCCUGAAGGUGCAGCAUGAGGGGAACGGUGGAACCAGAUUCCUCGAAAGCAAAGACUACGUCGGCACUAUAGACCGCGACGGAGCUCUCACCAAGUCCGUCCGACCUGAUGGUUGUCUGCGACUGUGGUGUGGUGUCGUAGAGACCCCACCACCUAAGGUCACCUGGUAUCGGGACAACCGGAUGGUGUCGAGAGACCAUACGCUGGUGGUGGCGCCGUUUACGCCUGAGGAAGAGGGUAUAUACACGUGCUCCUCAUCAUCAACAAGCGGAGUCAGUCGAUCCUGGAAGGCGAUAUCUCUCCAAGCGCCGAGCUGGGAGGGGACAGCCAGCAGCGUCAACGCCAGCGAAGGGGACACAGCCCAUGUGUCGUGUGGCGUACCCCAUGGUACACCCAAACCCCUCGUCCACUGGCUCCUAAACGCGGAAGCUAUUAAGACUGGAAAAGGGAUUAGAACCACAGACUCAGAUCUAUUCAUAGACCGUGUGGAGAAGCGGCAUGCUGGUAUAGUCCAGUGCUUCGCUUGCAACGACCUGGGUUGUGCGUACGACGCGGCCAUACUGAGUGUGGUACCCGUGCAGAUCUCUGAUCAGGAAUUCUCCGUGGAAGCACCUAAAACUUUGUACAUACCGUCGCAACCGCCAAAACGACACAACAGGAAAAAUACAAGGAAACAUAAAGCGAUUCUCGUGCCGCCUUCCCGUCCGAACGUGACCCGGUUGUCCGACGACAGCGUCAUGGUGUCCUGGACACACGCUAACCACGGCCUGCCUAUAUUCUUCUAUAAGGUGCAAUACCGUGAGGUGUCCAACAACAGCAACGUGCAAUGGCACACCGCGAACACCGACAUCGCCUCAUACAUACACUCCUUCCAAGUGGAUGGACUUAUCCCGGACAGAUAUUACAAAUUUCGAAUAGCAGCGGUCUAUUCCAACCAAGACAACAAGAUGGGUCGAAGCAGCAACAAGUUUUACCUUCAAAGAGGUGGCUUUCAGAAACCCAAGGUGCCGGUUCUGGACAAGGCCACUGCGUUGUCUCCGCACAGCAUACAGCUGAAUUGGACUUGGUCCAGCGACGGUGGAGUUGAAGCGGAGGGUUUCUACGUUUACUUCCGAGCGGUAUCCUCCGCGGGGUCAUACGAGAAGGUCACCGUGGGAGGAGACGCAAGGACACUGGUGUUAGAUCAUCUGACCUCGGACACGGCGUACGAGUUGAAGAUACAAGCGUACACCGCUCAAGCGCCGUCGGAGUUUAGCGCCAUUUUGGUGGCGAAAACACAACGCUCAUCGUCCGGCAACGCGAGCGUCACUGUCGCUAGCAGCACAAGCGCGCCGACAGCAGAGCGGGCGCCGAGUGCGCUGCUGACGGGCGGCGUGGCGGGUGCUGUCGCGUUGCUGCUGCUGCUAGCCCUGGCUUUACUGCUGUGUCGCCGCGCGCGCCGCCUCACCGCGCACAAGGAGAAGCCGGCGGAGGGGACGAACGGGUACAUCCCCGGGAAAGUGCCGAUCACAAUCACCGCUAACCCCAUGCACGCUGAGGGCAGCGAUGGCGGCGUGGAGAUGUCGUUUUUGCAUAACAAUAACGCCAGUAACGACGACACACCGAGGAAAAACGGCCCCAGACAGUAUGUAUAAUUAGUGAACUUUUCGUUACAUUAAUUGGUGUUUCGAAAUGGCGACUGACCACUUGUAUGUAAUUAGUCAAAUCACUGAAAAGACACGUAGCAGCUAACGUUGUAUUGUUAAUUUAUUCGUUAGCAAGUGGAUAGCUUGCAUAAUUUAAUAGUGUUAUUAUGAAAAUAACAAUAUUAUGUACCUAUGACAAAAAUA